CCUGCACAGAUAUCAAAAGACAUCCUUAGUCAGGACCCUUCGCUAGUUAGUUCGGAUACAUGACUGCCCAUUUUUAGCCGUGCUGCAUGCAGUCACUCUGACAUACUCUAAAACCAAACCACUUGCUCGCAGUCGCCACCUCCCCAUUGAACAAGGAACGCAAGACGAGCCGGUCGAUAUGGACCUCACCUUCCAUAUCAGUCAAGACGGAAAAGUCCCAAAAAGAACAUACGCCCGAGGUGCAUGUGAGAAGUGCCGCCUGAGAAAGAAAAAAUGCUACCACCAGAAAACAAACCGACAAUCAGGUUUCUCUACGCCACUGCGGCCGACUACCCAGUUUGUUCAGUAUGCUCCAGCUGCGGCUCGAGGGUCGCGAUCCCCAAUCGGUGUUUUAGCAUCACAACAGCUUCCUGGCGAGCCUGCAGAGCCCAAGCUACAGAGUGCCCCACAGUCCUCUCAGGCUCACGUGGAAAGUCAAAAGUAUACCUCCCAAAUCUCCAGGAGGGAUUCAUGCACCCAUCGUUUUAUCGGGGACUUGAACCCAGUCGUACUUUUCGUCGACGAUGGUAGUACGAGGCUCAUGCGUGGGCGUGCGCAUCAGCGGGAUGUUGGAGUCUGGCUGGACAGGGAAAAUGAAUUUAUUGAAAAUGGCGAGAAUUAUUAUCAUGAAGAACCCUCGUCGAGCAGUAGCAGAUACCAGACGACUCGGCAAAAGCGACAUUCAGGGCGCCCGGGCGCUCUUCUGCCGCCACGACAAACCCAAGAAGCGUUGAUAAACAUUUACUUCCGUCGCAUCCACCCCGUGCUCCCUUUGGUUCAUGAGGAAGACUUUCAAGCACAAUUACGCAAUGGUACUGUUUCUUUGUACCUUGUGCAGGCAAUAUGUCUGGUAGCCUCAAAGGAACGCGAUGCAGAACCAAUACUCCGGCUUGGGGAUCGCACCGAAACCAUGUCUCCUUGCAGAUUUAGCAAUCUUUUAUACGAAGACCUUUGCCAUGCCAUUACCAUGCGUCUGGAGCGGAAAAGAAUGGCUUUAAUACAAAUCCUUGCUCUUGCUUCGUUGCAUGCUUCAGGACCCAAGAGCUUUGAGGACGCGUCCUUGUACCUGGCUCAAGCCAUCCAUCAUGCUCACACCGUUGGGCUGCACUUUUUAAAAUGUGGACCUGAGAGACAUGAAAAACCGCUAGUUACACUGUUUUGGUGUCUAUGGAGUCUUGACCGAUGGAUUGCGGCCAUUCAUGGGAGGCCGUUGGUAAUUCAUGACAGAGACCUCGGACAACAGCUCACGGACGUGAUUGACCUCUUCGACGGCCCUUUUCGCAUCUGGCUUUCCUUGGCAUCAAUAUUGGGCGAGGUUAUGGUGGUAUAUCGGCCGACCCUGGAUGCUCCGGUAGAUGAGAACAAGCCUGAAAUCCCCCGCUUCGAGGAACUGAUUGCGAAAUGUCAGGCGGAGGAUAUAUCUUUGGACCAAAUGUGUCAGUAUCCUUCUCAUGACUUCUUCCCCCCAAGACACUCACUAAGCUACCUCAGUGUCUUUCGAAUUGGCGUACCAUGCAAUAGCCCUUCUAGCUUCACGGCCAUGGGGACUCAAGGCUCAACCAAGGUCUCACGCGCUAUACCUGCGACAGGAUCUGGCUGUAUAUCGCAUUGCCACCCUAUUACAAAUGUGCACCAUCAGUCAGUUCACACCUCUGCCGACUGUUGCUUAUUCCAUAUCACUCGGGUUCUCCAUAUCCUAUAAACAGCUCAAGCGUUGUCAGCUCCCCAGUACACAGUAUGCGGCAAAGAAACAUUUACAAACAUUUUAUAAGAGUCUAGAGGCUCUAAGCUCGAUGUGGUGGUCCGCUCAAGUGAUGACCCGGCUUGGUCAACGUGCAUUGGGCGGCAUGCAACGCGUUGCUGGAAGAACGAGCCAACCAACGCCGUCACAUAAGAAGGCGCCUAUCGCCACAGCCUCAUCAAGCUGCGAUGUCUACAGUAUGGAACCUUUUCAUACUGAAGAGAGUGCAGAAGAAGUAGCCGAAGCGGCACACGGCGAACAAUUUCCGGGAAACGAGACCAUUCCAAUGCCAGAUCACCAACUACUGUUUGAUUUUGAGGAUUUGGAUAAUAGUGGUUUCAGUAGUUUUGUGACGGAUCCCCUGUUUCAAGAUAUCGACGAUCAGCUGGGAAAUUUCUUGAAUAUCAAUAUCCCCAAAUGUCCUUCGGACUCUGCCUUCAUCAACCCGGACAUGCCCUGGAACCCUGAUGAGUUUGACUUUUCUUGCCUCUAGUCAUCCUCACUGGAAAUGGCGAUCAGCAAAGGUUGGGACAAGUAACUCUACUUGAACUCUGUAAAUGAUAGACUCGAUUCGGUUGGUGUCGUGUCAGAAUGGAGAAGUACUAGGAAAGCCUCUGAUGUGGAUACUUGAUUACAUUGUCGGCCUGAUUAUAU